UUCCAGGCCCCUGGAAAGGGAUCAGUUUUCCUUUAGUCACUGUCUCUCAUAACAGCUUCCUGUUUAACUGGCUGGGAUGACAUGCUGUGAUUCAGGGGCACCCUCAAAUUCCUGGGAAGUGGCAAAGAGUUACAGGUCCUGACCAUAAGCAUCCACGGGAGACAGGGAGGUCUAAAAAAUGGUGAGGGGAGUUGCUUAGCAUGCCCCCCCCACACACACAUACAUGGUCAAGCACAGAAGGGGGUGUUAGGAUCUUUGAAAGGUCUGGGGACAUGAAGCCCAGGGCUGCCUGCCUGGAUUCCUGUGCCUGCCCCAGCCCUGGGGCAUACUGCAAUCUGGCCAAGUGCCAGUAGCAUAGCAGCAGGCUCAGCAGGUCCUGGGGCGUGGUACUGCCCAACAGUGGAGCCAGCCUAUACUGGCUCGGCAGCAGGCAGCAGCAGGCAGCAGAGCCCUUUGGGACUGGAGAGACUGUACUUGUGGACGUCUGCUGUGGGAGUGAGGCUAUGAUCCCCAUCCUGUACUUGGUUCUGCCCACCCUGGGCAUCUAUAUCAUGCUCUCCAUCUUCUUCUUACGCCGACCUCAUCUGCUGCACACAGCCUGGGCUCCUACCUUCCCUAUCUGCCUGGCUGCCCACCGUGGAGGGUCUGGAGAGCGACUGGAGAAUACCAUGGAGGCUAUAAAGAACUCCAUGGCCCAGCGAGCAGAUAUCUUGGAACUCGACUGCCAGCUCACACGGGAUGGCGUGGUGGUAGUAUCACACGACAAGAACCUGUCCCGCCAGUCAGGCCUCAAUAAGGAUGUAGACAGCCUGGACUUCAAGGAACUGCCCCUCUACAAAGAAGAACUGGAGAUUUAUUUCUCCCCAGGCCAUUUUGCCCACGGGUCAGAUCGGCACAUGAUAAGAUUGGAGGAUGUGUUCCAGAAAUUUCCAAGGAUGCCCACGAUUGUGGAGAUCAAAGAAAAAAAUGAAGAGCUCAUCCACAAGGUAGCCAACCUGGCUAGAAGCUUUGACCGCAGUGAGAUCACUAUCUGGGCUUCAGAGAAGAACUCGAUCAUGAAGAAGUGCAAGGCCGCCAACCCCGAGAUGCCAACGGCCUUCACAAUACUGAGAUCAAUAUGGAUACUGCUGCUCUACUACCUGGGGCUGCUGCCUUUUGUCUCCAUACCUGAGAAGUUUUUCUUCUGCUUCCUGCCCACCAUCAUCAACAGAACUUACUUCCCAUUUCCCUGUGGGUGGAUGAACCAGCUGUCAGCUGUGGUUACAAAAUGGAUCAUCAUGAGGAAAAGUCUGAUCCAACAUUUACGGGACCGCGGGGUGCAGAGAAUGAGUCAAGCACUGGUGGCUCACGCCUUUAAUCCCAGCACUCGGGAGGGAGAGGCAGGCGGAUCUCUGUGAGUUCGAGGCCAGCCUGCUCUACAGAGUGCUGUUCUGGUGCCUUAACGAAGAGUCUGAUUUUGAAGUGGCCUUCAACCUGGGGGCCAGUGGCGUCAUGACAGAUUUCCCCACAGCCCUGAGACACUACCUUGACAAGAAGGAAGAACCAAGGGCCCCUGCUUCCUCAACCUGAGGCCCUGUCCUCUCUUUCUCCUUAAGAAAAAUAAAUAUUUUCUUGUCAGUAA